UACAAGUGUCUGACAGAGCUGCUGGUGAAGUGGGUUGGUAGGAGUGGCUGAUGCGCUGGCAGCCUGCUUUGCAUGAAGUUAGUGGCUGCAGCUUGGAUAUUUCCUGUCAGCCGCACACAGCCGAGGCGAGGGCGGAGGAGACGAGGAGAGGGAUGGCAGAGAACAGCUCCGAGACAAGCAGCGCCGUUCACCGGAGAUGUUUGGCCCAUUCUCCGGCGGAGAGAAACAUUUCAGCCGGUGUCGGGGCAUCGAAAUGGAUUCGACUAAACGUCGGCGGGACGUAUUUUUUAACAACGAGACAGACGCUGUGUAGAGAUCCAAAAUCAUUUCUGUACAGACUGAGCCAAGCUGACCCCGAGCUCGACUCCGACAAGGAUGAAACUGGUGCCUAUCUCAUAGACCGAGACCCCACAUACUUUGGGCCAGUGCUUAACUACUUGAGGCAUGGCAAACUGGUGCUCAACAAGGACUUGGCAGAGGAAGGUGUGCUAGAAGAAGCCGAAUUCUACAACAUCACAUCAUUAAUAAAGCUCCUCAAGGACAAGAUCAGGGAACGCGACUGUAAAACAUCACAGGUUCCAGUGAAGCAUGUGUACCGGGUGCUGCAGUGCCAGGAGGAGGAGCUGACACAGAUGGUGUCUACCAUGUCUGACGGCUGGAAGUUCGAACAGCUUGUCAGUAUAGGUUACGGGCGGGCCCACCAGUCAGAGUUUCUGCUGAUUGUAUCAAGGGAGGUGAAGGGAGAGGAGUCUGCUUUGCCAAACAACAGCGGAGAGCUGGUCAGCAUAGGCUCAUCUUACAACUACGGAAACGAAGACCAAGCCGAGUUCCUGUGUGUAGUCUCCAAGGAGCUGCACAAUCAAUCGUACGGGACAAACAGUGAGCCCAGUGAGAAGGCAAAGAUCCUGCAGGAAAGGGGUUCCCGGAUGUGAAGAGGACUCAGUAUUAUGAGCUCCAGGUGUUAUGAUGCAAACAUAUCAUCUUUGUGGAAGAACGUUUGGCACAAUGGAGAUUUAAAGAGGGGGUUGUGAAUUUAUUUUGCGUUUUCCCUCCUUUGUUUUUAUUUCUUGAUGUAAAUAAGUCUGUUUACUGACAAUGUGCCUGUACAUUUAAACUGGACCUUUUUUUUUGAAUUAGCGGCAAGUUAUUUUAAUUUUAUUUUUUUCUAAUUGAAAGUAAGGAAUUGCAUCUACAAAUGUUUUAUGCUAUAACAUAUGGCCGUCGUCAUGUAAGGCCAAUGAUUCACUCAGGGUCAUCUGUUGAGUUAAAUCUUACAUCCUCCAACUCAAGGGUCUGCUAAGGGAUCAAUCCGUAUGGUCUUUGUAACUACAAAGUAGAACCUUAAAAUCAUUGUUUAGAGCUGUUAAGAAGGGAAUUGUGCAUUUAUUUAGCGCAUGUUAAAGAGUUACGCUAUUAAGUGUGAAAUUCACCCCAAAUAACAAAUAGAUAAAAUAUUUUCCAAAGAUUUCAAACAGUUCUACUGAGAUUUGUGAUCAUGAGGAUCCCAGCUAUACAACACACACAUUUUCAGAUGCAUUUGAAACAUUUUACUUUGAUUCAGAAAUCUCUUUUUCUGUAUCUAUUCACUGUCAAAAAAUAAGCAAAUCUUAAUAUUCUCCGAUCAGAAUGAAAACUGAACCAAAAAUGUCCUUGAUUUGAUACUGUAGGUAAAGAGGCAAUAGGUCAUUUAUCGCUUGCAGGGCGUUUAUUGGUGAGGAGUAGGUGAUCUGUAAUGAACAUAAAUAUUAAAGUCUCAUUUUCACAUAGACCAAAUAAGAGAGAUCUAGAGAUACAGCAGAAUAUCUGCCUAAUAUGGUGAUUAAAGAUGCUUCUUUCUUGGCUUGAGAAGUAAACGUGUUGCUAGUGUAGCUCCUUGUGGCACCCUAUACUCCAGCUUGUAACACAAUUACCCACAGGUGUGGGAUUAAAUAAAUGUUUUCAGGAAGUUCACUUAUCUCUAAUAUAAAAAUAAAACUUUAAAAGCACACAUUUAACCACACAUUCAAACUGUUGUUUCAAAGUAAGAUUUCUGUCGCUUCUGCAAAUGUGGUCUUUUAGUGAAGAAGUAAAAUUGCUCUCUAAAUGAUGUAAAGUGCAAAUUUCUAUCAAGUUUAGACAUUUGUGUUAACUCCUCAUGUUCAUAAGUCUACAGUUAACUACCCAAAUAGUCAAGGGUGUUUUUUAAAUGUGAUUUCUGUUUUACAGUGAUAUUAUUUAAAAUUCAUUGUCCUGCUUUCUGUAAGGAAAAACAUCCUCGAGACAAUAAUGUCUUUUUUUUUUUUUUUUUUUUUCCACUAACUUCUGAAUUUUCCUUAACUAAUUUGUAUGUUUGAUGGAACAUCAUGUUUAAGAUCUUUUUUGAGGGGAAGUAUUUUUGGUGUGAGAGGUUUGGGGACUGGAACUGUUUAAAGGCAGUGGUGAAGGACUUUCUGUUCAUAUCCAGAGGAUUUUGUUUUAAUGUAAAUAAUCCAAAUUCAAUAUUAAUGUUUAACUCUUAAAAAAACUGCACGUUUUGUACACUGUAUAGAAAACACAACUUGGAAUGGAAGUUGUUUAUACUGGAUCUUUAAAAAUGAGAAAAUCUUGACAAUGUUUACUUCAGUUUUGCAUUGUUUGUACAGAACUCUAGAGAUUUAGGAUGGAAAGAGCUGAUGCUGAACACGGUGUCUUUCACUGAUAACAUGCCUGGAACCGGUUUUGAUAACCAAUAACAAAGCUAUACUUGGCUGGCUAUGAAGUUGACUGUUACAUUUAAAAAAAAAAAAAAAAAAAAAAAAUGUAUUUUUCCUGCAUUGCGAUAGAUUCUUCUAAGCUUUUUGAAUUGUGUAGAUUUCGUACACAGCAUUACAAGCACUACAGUGGAAAACAACACUGUGUACAUUGCUUUAAGGCCUGUAAUGUUAAUGUAAAUACUGCAUUUUAGAACACUUUUUUUUUUUUUUUUUUUUUUUUUAUAUAGAAAGUUGUGGUUUUCGUAGGUUCAAUAUUUCAUUCACAAAUAAUAAUUUAGUGUUGCCUCUUUCCCAAUGACCAAAAUCCAAUGUCUUAUGAGUAUUGUACACAUUGAUCUUAGUGUCAGGGAUGAGUAAACUUUUCUUAAUGCUGGCACACAUUGUACAUAUAGACUUGUUAACAUCACGAAAACCUCCAUUUACUCACAUGUACACGUAUACACUUGACUAAAACAAUUUUUAUAUUGUCGGGGAAACAAGUAUGGAUGCAUGUUUUUGUUAUAGAUAUACACACAAACACAUAAGGGCUUUUAAAGUGCAAAAUUUUACAUCUGCAAAGAGGUUCAAUCAAAGUAGACUGGAUUUCCUGCCAGAGCUAGGCUAUGUUUACAUUUGCUAUAGUCUUCUGAAGCCUUCCAAUUAUGUACUGUUUUGCACUCCCUCACACAUGUUAACAUUUGUCUGCCUUGUGUGACUGCACCAAUGGCAACUACUACUCCCCACUCCACAUGAACUGAUAUUCACACAGACGUGCUAACUAGUAAGUUAUUCCAUCCACUUCUGACAGCCUAUACUAGAGCGUUGCAGACAAUCUAGCUUUCCACCUUCUGUGAUGGCAGAGAAACUCACUUUUAAUAGUAUAACCUGCAAUUUUUUUUUUUUUUUAUCUGCAAUGAGAUUUAGAGUGUUUUUGUGUUUGGUUUGCUGGGUUCAGUUGUAACUUCAUUCGAUACACUUUGGUCUGAGGUGUUUUACCCCUCUUCUUUAGCAGCUGCAUUACCUUUAAUGCCCUUCACAAAACGGCCGUCUGGUUGAGCAUUUGGCAUCGAUAAUCAUUUCAUGUGAUGGACAAACGUAUCAAAGCUGUAGCCUAAUACUUAUAAGUGCCCGGUUUGUUUUGCAUUCAAGUCAUAAGCCACAGACCACUGUAAUGCAUGACUGAAGAUGAUCACACUUGUAAUCAGAGGGAAUGGAUGUCAUUUUUCCUCAAUCUAGCAAUUACAUCGAUGAAUAAAGUUUUCAUAUCACUACAUAGAUCACUAUUCUAUAUGAUCUUAUGCAAUGUUAAAAAUGUACAAACUAUGAGGUUAAGGGGAUAGAUCUAUAUGGUAUUGCAUAAGGUAAACCCAAUAAAAAUGUUGUCAUUCA